UUAUCAUCUGUUGAAAGCUGAAACUUCCAUAGUUAGUUCCACAGAUUCUAAUCAAUACGCACUCAGAGCAGAUAUCUUCUACAAAUAAAAUAACCAGUUAACUACUAUCGGCAUCUUCAGAGGAGUUCAGUAUAUUGCACAAUCGUAGAAGGGUUCAAUUCAAGCUAUCUAGCACAACGCUUCCUAGAGUUUGAGGCGAGGGAGAUGUUCAAUUGCAAGUACUCAUCAGCAAACAUUCCCAAAGGUGCGUUCCUAUUACCCCUCACUCUGUUUCUCAUAGUUCUACUCCUUCCUUUCCUCAGAAACUUAAUUCAACCAUCUUCAAAGCCUUCCCUCGCCACCAACUUGGAAACCAAAGAAACAAGCAAAUGCAACAUAUUUUCCGGAAGUUGGGUUCCUUAUACAAAAGAACCUUACUACAACAAUGAAACUUGCCCUUUCAUAUUAGACCAGCUUAAUUGCUUAAAAUCUGGCAGACCCGACAGAGAGUUCCUCAAAUUGAGGUGGAAACCUCAUGAUUGUGAGCUUCCACUAUUUAAUGCAACUCAGUUUCUCAAGCUUGUUCAAGGAAAAUCAAUGGCCUUUGUUGGAGACUCCAUGGGCAGAAAUCAAGUAGAGUCCUUACUGUGCCUCAUAAAUACUGUGGCACAUCCAGAGGAUAUCACAGCAAGACAUACAUCAAACGAUGACAUAUUUUUCAGAUGGUGGUUCGUGCCAGAAUACAAUUUCACCGUUACAACACUGUGGUCACCCUUUUUGGUAAAAUUCAACGACUCCGAUCCCAGUGGUCGUGCUUACUACAGUGCGACGAAGCUUUACCUAGACGAGGCAGACACAGCGUGGAGCAGCAAAAUAGAAAAUUUCGACUACGUGGUUUUCUCAACGGGACAGUGGUUUUUCCGACCACUAACGUUCUACGAAGAGGGGAAAGUUGUGGGGUGUCAAAAGUGCGAGAACUCGACGGAGCUGAACUACUACGGAUACAGAAGAGCGUUCCGAACGGCUUUCAGAACUAUGAGAGAUAUGAAAGGGUUUAAGGGGUUGGCGUUUCUGGUGAGUCACUCUCCGGAGCACUUUGAGAACGGGGCGUGGAACGAGGGUGGGAGUUGCAACAGAACGAUGCCGCUUAGUGUGGAAGAGAGAGGGGCGUAUAAAGAUAGGGAUAUUGUGGAGGCCUUGUAUGAGAUACAAAUGGAGGAGUUUAAGGAAGCGAGAGAGAAGGGUUUGCGGUUAGGGUUGAUAGAUAUAACUGAUGCCAUGGCGGUUAGGGCUGAUGGACACCCCAGUAGGUUUAGGCGUGCGGGAGACAAGAAUUUGAAGGUCAGUGACUGUGUUCACUGGUGCUUGCCCGGUCCUGUUGAUACGUGGAAUGAGUUUUUCAUCCAUGUCAUCAAAUUCCAAGGUCAAAACCAUAAUAAGGGUACCAUGUUGUGAUAUCAUCUGGGUUUUCAGUUCUUUCUUUCUUUUUGGGGUGAAUUCAAGUUUUCAUUUUUGAUUUCAAAACCCCUAAUUGUUAAUUAUUGGGGAUGGUGAUUUCAAUAGGAUCAGGUUUCAUAAGAGGUUAAAAUGGGUCAAAUCAAGGUUGCGUAGGAUUUCUAACAAGUCUAAUUGUCAAUUUGUCAUGUUGGUGUCACUAAAGAUUGAAUUUAAAGUAAUUAAAAUCAAAAUUAAAAAAAUCUUGUUAUAUACAGUGAUCUAAAUUAUUUAUGAGUU